AUUCAGAGAUGUUAGAUAUUCUGGAAGAACUAAAUGACGAAAUUAACAGUACUAUUGAAUAUACUACACAAUCAACGAUUCAAACAGAAUUUAGUACUGAAGAAAGUUCAACUGAUCCCAUUAUUACUUUGGAAGAUAAAUUUGAAUUUGACGCAUUAGAUGAUGAUAAUCAAUUCAAUACCACAGAAUUUGAGGUUGAUUUGAAAGAUAAUUCGUAUAGGAAUAGUACAGAUGAAGCUUCAACUAAUCCUAUUUCUAGUUUAGAGAAUGAAGAUGCGUUUGAAGCAUUAAACAAUGAUAAUAAUUUCAAUACCACAGAAUCUGUUUUUGAGAAUGUUUCACAAGAUAAAGCAGAGAGCAAUAGCACUGAUACAAUUUCAAAACUUGAUGAAGAAAACGUCGUUGAAGAUAUAGAAUAUUCUUUAUUAACAACACAAGCUAAUCUGAAUGCAACAGUAGAAGAUUCUUCUAUUGAACUGGAAAAUUCGAAUAAUAGUUUAUUAACCACACAAUCUACAAUGCACGUUCAAACCGAAUUAAAAAUUCAGAACGAAACUGACGUUGCUUUGAAUGAAAAAGAUAAUUUGGAAAAACCUGAUGAAAUUAGCUUCGAUACAGUUGAUUUAGAGCAAGGUGCAACAACAGACGACACUUUAUUAACUACACAAGUUUCUUUGGAUAUACAAACAGAAUCUGAUCAAGAAUCAAUUGAAAUUAACGAAUUAGUUAAUAGUUCCAAUCCAGAUGAGAAAUUAGAAAAUCAAAAUGAAUUGGUAGAAACAGAUACUGAAAAAAUAAUUGAUAUUUCAUUAAGUGAAUCAUCGUCAUCAAUGAAUGAAACAGUAAUUGAUAAUUCUACAGAAUUGAACAACGUUACAAAUUCAGUAAUUUUGGAAUCUGACACAACAGACAAUAUUUUAUUGACUUCACAAUCUGAAUUGGAGGAAGCACAAACGCAAGUUGAUAUUGACGAAGUUACCACAAAAAUUGUUGAUGAAUUCGAAAAACAAAAUAUUGAUUUACAGUCUGGAUUGAUAGACAACGCUUUGUUGACUACUCAAUCUGUAGUUGACGUUGAAACAGAAUCUCAGAAAUUGUCAGGUUCAGAACAAAAUACAAUUUCAAUAAAUGAAAUAUUGGAAACAACAACUCAAAUUUAUAAUAAUAUGGGUGGGAUUGUGGAGGAAGUAACGACUGGCAUUAAUAAUUACGACUUUAAUUCAACUGAAGAGAUUAUAACUGAAGAAACAUCUCCGAACACAAUUGAAACCGUGGAAACAUCUACUUACGUUGAUGUAAAUGAAAUAUCAACAGAAUCAGUCACAAUUGUUAAGGUACAAGAACUGGAGAAGGAAUUUGUGGAGAAAAACAAAGAAAGUGAAACAGGUAAUGAAGAUGUAAAUUCUUUAGAAAAUGUCAAAGAAAUGAUCAAUAAGUACAAUUCUUUAGAAACAGAAAGUGAUUCGCAAAACGUUGAUGUGUUGAAAGAAGUAGAUUUUGAAAACGAAGAGAGUUUUAUUGAUAUUAUGCAUUCGUCGGAAGACGAGUGGAAUGCAAAUAAAGAUCUCUUUACUACACGGUCUUCAACAGUGGUCACGGAAAAUGUUGAUGAAGAUAAAAUGUUUACGUUAAGUGAAUCUGUUGCCGAAGAAAUAAAUCCCAUUGUUGUCGAAAAUGAGAUGGAAAUAGAAUCGGAUCGAAUUUCAGGAACUACAGGACGCGUUGAAACAUCCACUUCGGAGAGUUUACAUACAGUAGAGACGGAAUUAAACUUGAAUAACAAGGAAGAAGUUGAUGAUUUAUCGGCAGAGGAAACGGGAAUAGAUAAGGUUAUCGUGGAUAAUGAUUUGGAGGAGGAAGACGUGGCGAAUACUACUGAGCAGGCUUCAAACAAAAGAAUUCAUCAAGAAGUUGUAACAAAAACCGUGCCCAUCGAGGAAUCAACAAAGAGUAGUGUGGUAAUCGAUGAGAGUGAUGAAGCAGAUAUUACGAGUUUGAAUAAUGCGGAGAGCAGCGAAGACGAAACCCGAUCCUCAACGGAACUCGAAACGGUUAUACCGAUUGAAAAUAAUGGGCGUUUUAUCUUCGAUUUGCUUACGACCACUGUUACCCCUUUGUACGAGGAAACAACAGAUUCUCCCACCGAGAAACCAACAAAAGACCGCCUGUCCGAAGAGAAAAUUAAUUUGGACGAAGAAAUAAUUUCGCCAGAAGUCGAGAAAACGACCGAUCACACUUCAACUACGGACAAAUCAAUUGACAUAAAAAAUGAUGCAGUGUUCUAUAACAUAAAUCUAAAGCCAAUUUCAAAUAACGACAGGCAUAAUAUCCUGUUGAAUUUGAAGGAGGAAUCUUCGAGCAGCGACGAAAUCGUAGAUUAUUUAGAAACAAUAUCCGAAGACGGUGAUUAUAUUAAGGAAACCGGCGAUGAUUCCGAGGAAAUAUCCAACGAUAAAUUGGACGAGAUCUUUAAUUACUCGGAAGAAUUCGAAGAAACCCUGAACGAGAUCGAAGAAAUUUUAGAGGAAAACUCUGAAGACGCUCCGUACAUAACCACCACCGUAUCGAACCACAACAAGCAACAAUGUUUGAGCCUCAACAUCUCGAUGUCAAUAAAAAUCAACGAAACGAACAUCGUCGUACCAGAUACCGCCAAGAUAUCGGGCAACUGUUCGGAAUAUUUCAUCGUCAGUUGGAAAUCUGCCUUCGAUCCAGCGGAAAACAACUCAAUUCACUUCAACCUGAUUCGCAAAGAUGAUUGCGUGUACUUGCAAUCGAUAGGUGUGCACGUGAUGAAGGAUGAUGGAGAGUCAUUUAUUGAUGAAGCAAAUGACGAUUUGAACCUGGACGCGGAUGACACCAAUUACGUUAUGCUGAAUAACGGCUUGAGCGUACAACUUGACAUGUCCUUGAAGAGGAAAAACGUUGCUUUAGAGAAACCGACUACUCUGAAAUCAACGAACACUUUGGCAUUGCAAAUAACAUCGGGGAUUGCUUCCAUUUUAAUCCUGCUGGUCGUCGUCGGAGUGUUUAUCUAUCGCAGACAUAGGGGACAGACGAGAAUAUUAAAAGUGACAAUAGAUAAGUAGACUCAAACAGGAGCAUUAAAUUAAUAUAUUGUGUACAUACUAAAGAUAAACAACAUCUUCGCAAUUCUCAAGCGA